AAAAAAAAAAGACAGAGAUCCCCUUCUUCACAUUUGGCCGUGCCCCCCGACUGGAUCAACCCUCCCCCCAUAAUAAUCCCUACCACCUUACCACCGACAUACUGUGUACUACACCUACCACAGCUUGUCCACCUUGCUCCACCAGUAAAAACCCUCCGAGAGCAGUCUGCCAAUUGCAAUCCGCCUCAUUCGUCCCGACCGGCGUAACUUGCCCUGCUAUUACAAUUACUCGACCUGCCCGUGUUGUCUUCUUUUUCCUCCCCCUCUACUCCAACAGACAGAAGAGGCCCUUCACGGAAACACACGCCCUUCACCAUCAUUGACGACCUCAUCGGCCCAAGGGACACUCGAAGCAACCCUUUCUGCGAACCUUUCUUCGUAAUCGCUGUGAUUUCCGGUUGCCCCGGGAAAGAAUGGGGAGUUUCGCCAAUGACUUCAAUGACUACCGCAUAGAGGAAGAGCAACCUACCAAGGUUUUUCCUUACCAGGAAACGCCGGAGAAUCGGUCAUGGGCCGGUACUCUGCCGUUGAAGCAGGGUCUAUAUGAUCCGGAGCUGGAGAAGGAUUCCUGUGGUGUUGGCUUCACUGCCCACAUCAAGGGCAAGGCCAGCUACAAAAUCGUUAGCGAUGCACGGAAUCUUCUCUGCAACAUGACCCACCGUGGUGCGGUGGGUUCUGAUGUUCGGGACGGUGACGGUGCCGGUGUUAUGACCUCCAUCCCUCACAAGUUCUUCUUGAAGAACUUUGAGCGGGAAUAUGGAUGGAAACUUCCCCCGCUCGGCCAGUACGCUGCUGGUAACUUGUUCUUCAAGCCGGACGAAGAGGUGCUCAAAGAGUGCACCAAGACCUUUGAGGAUAUUGCCGCGGAGGUUGGCCUGCGAGUCCUUGGAUGGAGAGAAGUCCCCAGAGACUCCAGUCUUUUGGGUCCCGCCGCCCUUUCCCGUGAGCCUGUUGUGCUCCAACCUUUCGUCGUCCUCCGAUCUGCGUAUGGCGAGGGCAACGCGCCCGAGCAGACCGAUCCUGAGACUUUCGACUGGAAGUAUUUUGAGCGUCAGCUCUUCAUCCUGCGAAAGCGGGCUACCCACACCAUUGGUAUCCACAACUGGUUUUACCUUUGCUCAUUGAGCAACAAGAACAUUGUCUACAAGGGUCAAUUGGCACCCGUACAGGUCUACCAGUACUACCACGACCUGGUAUCUGUUGACUACGAGGCUCACUUCGCCCUGGUACACUCCCGUUUCUCUACAAACACCUUCCCCAGCUGGGAUCGCGCUCAGCCCCUCCGGUGGGCCGCCCACAACGGUGAGAUUAACACACUCCGUGGUAACAAGAACUGGAUGAGAGCUCGUGAGGGAUUGCUCAAGUCUGAGAUUUUUGGUGAUGAGUUGCAGAAUUUGUUGCCCGUCAUUGAAGAUGGCGGUUCCGACUCGGCUGCUUUUGACAACGUCCUGGAACUUUUGAUGAUUAAUGGCGUUCUGUCGCUCCCGGAAGCCGUCAUGCUGUUGGUCCCUGAAUCAUGGCAGGGCAACGCUGCCAUGGACCCCGCCAAGGCGGCCUUCUACGAGUGGGCUGCCUGCAACAUGGAACCCUGGGAUGGUCCGGCUCUCUUCACCUUUGCCGAUGGUCGGUACUGCGGAGCCAACCUUGACCGAAAUGGUCUCCGUCCUUGUCGAUUCUAUGUCACUUCCGAUGACCGCAUGAUUUGCGCGUCUGAGGUUGGAACUAUGUUCAUUGAGCCUGAGACCGUCAUCCAAAAGGGCCGUCUUCAACCUGGUAAGAUGUUGCUUGUCGACACGCUUGCUGGCCGUAUUGUCGAUGAUGCCGAGCUUAAGGCGACCGUCUGCCACCGCCAGGAUUUCCGGACUUGGCUGGACCGCGAGCUCUUGACGCUGCCCACACUUUGCGAGCAGCUCACCUCUCACGGCGCCGAUCUCAGCUACAAGCUCAAUGACGUCGUCGUCCAGCAGGACCCCUUCCUCAGAGCUUUUGGCUACUCCUUUGAGCAAGUCAGCUUGCUCUUGGGCCCUAUGGCUGCAGACUCCAAGGAAGCUCUCGGUUCGAUGGGUAACGAUGCUCCCCUCGCCUGCUUGGCGCAGCAACCUCGUGUGCUCUACGAAUACUUCAGAGAAUUGUUCGCUCAGGUCACGAAUCCUCCCAUCGACCCUAUCCGUGAGGCCGUCGUCAUGUCUCUCGAGUGCUACGUCGGACCCCAAGGCAAUCUGCUUGAGAUGGACCCCUCGCAGUGCCGUCGUCUCCUCCUCCCCUCGCCCAUCCUCUCUCUCUCUGAAUUCAACGGUAUCCUUGCUAUCAACCAGCUCCACGCUGACUGGAGUGUGAAGGUGAUCGACAUCACCUUCGCUAAGAGUGAGGGCGUCCAAGGCUACAUGAAUGCUUUGGACCGUAUCUGUGAGGCAGUCAAUGAGGGCAUUCAGCAGGGAGACAAGAUCUUGGUCCUCUCUGACCGUGCCACCUCAGCUGAACGUGUUCCCAUCUCAGCCCUCCUCGCUACUGGUCUCGUCCACCACCACAUGGUCCGGAACAAGUGGCGGUCGCAGGCCGCUCUUAUGGUUGAGACCGCUGAAGCUCGUGAGGUUCACCACAUGUGCGUGCUGCUCGGUUACGGUGCGGACGCCAUCUGCCCCUACCUGGCUCUCGACUGUAUUCUCAAGAUGAACCGUGAGAAUCUCAUCCGCAAACAGCUCACUGAUGAGCAGGUUAUCAACAACUACAAGUACUCUUGCGAUGGUGGUAUCCUUAAGGUCAUGAGCAAAAUGGGCAUCUCUACCCUGCAGAGCUACAAGGGUGCUCAGAUUUUUGAAGCUCUUGGUUUGGAUGACACGGUCGUUGACCGAUGCUUCACUGGUACCGCUACCCGUAUCAAGGGUAUGACUUUUGAGCUCAUUGCUCAGGAUGCCAUCGCCAUUCACGAGAGAGGAUUCCCCUCACGCGAUGUCGUCAGUGUUCCUGGUCUUUCUGAGACCGGUGAAUAUCACUGGCGAGACGGUGGUGAGCCUCACGUCAACGACCCUGUCAGCAUUGCGAACGUGCAGGAUGCUGUCCGAACUAAGAAUGACAAGUCCUACGAGGCAUAUGCGAAAUCUGAAUAUGAACAGAUCAAGAACUGCACUCUCCGUGGCAUGCUUGACUUCAACUUUGAUGAGGCCACCCCUGUGCCCAUUGACCAGGUUGAGCCUUGGACCGAGAUUGUCCGGCGUUUUGCCACUGGUGCCAUGUCCUAUGGCUCUAUCUCCAUGGAGUCUCACUCUACCCUUGCCGUUGCCAUGAACCGUCUUGGUGGCAAGUCAAACACCGGUGAGGGUGGUGAGGACCCUGAGAGAAGCUUGAUCAUGGAGAAUGGCGACACUAUGCGCUCUGCCAUCAAGCAGGUCGCAUCUGGUCGUUUUGGUGUCACCUCUCACUAUCUUGCCGACUCAGAUGAGCUUCAGAUCAAGAUGGCUCAGGGUGCCAAGCCUGGUGAAGGUGGUGAGCUUCCUGGUCACAAGGUGUCCGGUGCUAUUGCUCACACCCGUCACUCCACUGCUGGUGUCGGUCUCAUCUCUCCUCCCCCUCACCACGACAUUUACUCCAUUGAGGAUCUGAAGCAGUUGAUCUACGAUCUGAAGUGCUCUAGCCCUCGUUCUCGUGUCUCCGUCAAGCUUGUAUCGGAAACUGGUGUUGGUAUUGUCGCCUCUGGUGUCGCUAAGGCCAAGGCUGACCAUAUCCUCAUUUCCGGUCACGACGGUGGUACUGGUGCCUCUCGAUGGACCGGUAUCAAGUACGCUGGUCUUCCUUGGGAGCUUGGUCUUGCUGAGACUCACCAGACUCUUGUCUUGAAUGACCUACGUGGCCGUGUUGUUGUCCAGACUGAUGGUCAGAUUAAGACUGGUCGUGACAUUGCCAUUGCCUGCUUGCUUGGUGCUGAGGAGUUUGGCUUUGCUACUGCUCCUUUAAUUGCAAUGGGAUGCAUCAUGAUGCGAAAAUGCCACCUGAAUACUUGCCCUGUCGGAAUUGCUACCCAGGAUCCUGAGCUUCGUAAAAAGUUCACUGGUACCCCUGAGCACGUGAUUAACUUCUUCUACUACCUAGCCAAUGAGAUGCGUGCUAUUAUGGCCAAGCUUGGUUUCCGCACUGUUAACGAAAUGGUUGGUCACUGCGAGGCCCUGCGCGUUCGUGAGGAUCUUCGCACUUCGAAGACGGAAAACAUUGACCUCUCGCUUAUUCUCACCCCGGCCCACUCCCUCCGGCCCGGCGUCGCUACCUACAAUGUCCGCAAGCAGGACCACAUGCUCCACACUCGCCUCGACAACAAGCUCAUUGCUGAGUCUGAAUUGGCGCUGGAGAAGGGUCUGCCCGUCCGCAUUGAGUGCGACGUUGUCAACACCGACCGCACUCUCGGUACCAGCUUGUCGUACCACAUCAGCAAGCGCUAUGGCGAGACCGGCCUGCCUCAGGACACUAUCCAUGUCAACAUUCGCGGCUCUGCUGGACAGGCAUUUGGUGCUUUCCUUGCUCCUGGUGUUACUCUGGAGCUCGAGGGUGAUGCCAACGACUAUGUUGGUAAGGGUCUCUCCGGUGGUCGUCUCAUCAUCUACCCCCCCCGGUCCGCCGUCUUCAAGGCCGAGGAGAACAUUAUUAUUGGUAACACCUGUCUUUAUGGUGCCACCCGUGGUACUUGCUUCUUCCGCGGUAUUGCUGCUGAGCGUUUUGCCGUCCGCAACUCUGGAGCCACUGCUGUGGUUGAGGGUGUUGGUGACCAUGGUUGCGAGUACAUGACUGGUGGUCGCGUCAUCUGCUUGGGUGGCACUGGCCGUAACUUCGCGGCCGGUAUGUCUGGUGGUAUUGCCUACGUUCUCGACAUGAACCAGGACUUCCACACCAAGGUCAACACUGAGAUGGUUGAAAUUUCUGGCAUCGAAGAGCCCACCGAAGUCGCUUUUGUCCGUGGAUUGAUUGAGGACCACCACCACUACACCGGUUCGGAGCUUGCUGCUCGCAUCCUGCUUGACUUCACUCGUGCUUUGCCUAGAUUCGUCAAGGUCCUGCCCAUUGACUACAAGAGGGUCCUUGAGGCUGAAGCUGCCAAGGCUGCCGCUGCGAAGAAGGCUGAGUACCAUCUUCCGAUCCUCCCUGGCAACCCCGUUCGCGCUGCUCACGAAGAGUCUAAGAAGCACGAGCACGAGAAAGACGUUCAGAAGAAGAAGAAUGACAUGACAGAUAUUGAAGAGAGUGUCGGUGACGCCAAGGCUGAGAAGAAGCGAUCCACUCUUGUGCUUGACAAGACCAAGGGCUUCAUGAAGUACCAGCGCCGCAGUGAGAAGUACCGGAACUCCAAGACCCGUACCCGGGAUUGGCAGGAGAUUUCUUCUCGUCUGAACGAAGACGAGCUGAAAUACCAAUCUGCUCGUUGCAUGGACUGUGGUGUUCCUUUCUGCCAGUCUGACACUGGUUGCCCCAUCUCCAACAUUAUUCCCAAAUGGAACGAGCUUGUUUUCCAGAACCAGUGGAAAGACGCCCUUAACCGUCUGCUCAUGACCAACAACUUCCCCGAGUUCACCGGUCGUGUAUGCCCUGCACCUUGUGAGGGUGCUUGUGUUCUUGGUAUCAAUGAGGACCCCGUCGGCAUCAAAUCCAUUGAGUGCGCCAUUAUUGACCGCGGUUUUGAGAUGGGCUGGAUGAUCCCUCAGCCUCCCAAGGUCCGCACUGGCAAGAAUGUCGCCAUCAUUGGUUCCGGUCCCGCCGGUCUGGCUGCUGCAGACCAGCUCAACAAGGCUGGCCACUCUGUCACUGUGUACGAGCGUGCCGACCGUAUUGGAGGUCUGCUGAUGUACGGUAUCCCCAAUAUGAAACUCGACAAGAACGUCGUCCAGCGCCGUGUCGAUUUCAUGAGCGCCGAGGGUGUCAAGUUCGCCGCCGGUGUCGCUGUUGGCGAAGGGGACAUCACCCUCGACUCCCUUCGCAGCCAGAACGACGCCGUCAUCCUUGCCACUGGUGCCACCGUUGCCCGUGACCUGCCCAUCCAAGGCCGAAACCUGGAGGGUAUCCACUUCGCCAUGGAGUUCUUGCACAAGAACACCAAGUCUCUUCUCGACUCUGGCCUGGCUGACGGCUCCUACAUCUCUGCCAAGGACAAGCAUGUCAUUGUCAUUGGUGGUGGUGACACUGGUAACGACUGCAUUGGUACCUCUGUUCGUCACGGUGCCAAGUCUGUAAUCAACUUUGAGCUGCUGCCUCAGCCUCCUCAGGAGCGUGCUCGCGACAACCCCUGGCCCCAAUGGCCUCGUAUCUACCGUGUUGACUACGGUCACUCUGAGGUCAAGACUCAUAUGGGUCGCGAUCCUCGUGAGUUCUGUGUCAUGUCCAAGGAAUUCGUUGACGAUGGCAACGGUCGUGUCAAGGGUAUCAAGACUGUCCGCGUCGAGUGGACCAAGGGUGCCUCUGGCGGUUGGGACAUGAAGCAGGUUGAGGGUAGCGAGCAAUACUUUGAGGCCGACCUCGUUCUGCUCUCCAUGGGUUUCUUGGGCCCUGAGGAGCGUGUUCUUGGUGACAUUGAGCGCGACCCCCGCAAGAACGUCAAGACUCCUGCUGGCCGCUACAGCAGCUCUAUCCCUGGUGUUUUCGCUGCUGGUGACUGCCGCCGUGGACAGUCUCUCAUCGUCUGGGCCAUCAACGAAGGUCGUAUGACUGCCCGCGAGGUCGACACUUACCUCGAGGGUCUUGGCUCUCAGCUCCCCGUCACUGGCGGUAUCGUCCCUCGUGCCCCCUUCCGAUCUGCUCACGAAGCUGCCUCCCACGAGAUUCUCGGUCGGGCUGAGCGCGCUCCUCUUCAAGCCGUCGGCGCUUCCUCUUGAGCGGAUGCGUCACUUUCGCUAUUAAGAGAUUGCCCUACUCUUCCUCACGACGUCUCCGAUGACAAAUUUACAAAAGACGAAUCAUGUUUCGAUUGUAUUUGACGACUCUUACGAUUUUUCCUUUCUUCCCUCUGCUGUUCUGCAAGCGACUGUCAAGUUUCGAAGCAAUUUGGUCAAAUGAUAUCAGCGAGUUUGGACGGAAGGACGAAUUGGAUGGAUCGUGUGCUUAUUAAUGGUUUUCAUGUCUAAACUUUUCCUAUUUCAACUGCAAAAAUGGCAAUGCACUUAGACGAGGCGAUGAAAUCUUAUCUCAAAAGAAUUAUUGGGAGCAAAACGGGAUGAUAUCGCUUUGAAGGCGGAGAAAAUUGCUGUCCUUUUUUUGUUGUUGUCUUGCGUCUGUUGUAUAUACCUUGCUGUUUUUGUUUUUUUUCGUGGAC